GUUGGUGCCCGAGGAGACAGUUUGCAGAACUACGAAAGGAGAAUGUCUGGAAGUGUGCUGAAGCUGUUAAGCUUCAUCAGCCUACUGUUUGAUUUGACAGUAACUCAAGUUCUCUCAGAUCCUUGCACGACAUACACCCCUUUUCCUGAUUCUGAUCGUCGAGGCAUUAACUACACACUGAGUAAUGGAGAAUCCAGCAUUGACGACAAUGAGUUGACCGAAGGAUGGUACGGGGACAAGAGGUACACUCUGGUCGAAGAAUCCCCUGGGUUCUACAAAUGUGGAGGAUGGUACCCAAUAUAUGUACAAGAACAAACCAACAGUAACUUGACGAUGUGUGUCCAGUCUACAUCUGAUGCAUGCGCAUAUACCAUCAGUGUAGAAGCAAGACAAUGCAGUGGAUUUAAGGUUUACCAUUUGCCUCAAGCUCCAGUCCACCGAGCUGUGUAUUGUUUAGUGGCAAAUCCUGAAGCAUCUCCACAAUUUGAUGAAAAACCAAAUAUUACUUUUGAGUUAAUGGACAAAGAAUUGUCAAGUGAACUAUUAUUCUCGUGUUACUUUAAUCGUUCCUCUGAAAACCUGUUCUACAAGACCAUCUGGUAUGUGGAAGGAGCCCCAAUUUACACAUUUGAACCUCUUGAGUGGAACUCGGAUGACUUUGACUACAUUGCAAACAGGACAUUGACAGAACAGUUGCUGAAGGACAAUGGGGUUGAGAAGGCUGGGUUUAAUUUACAAUGUGGUGUUCAGGCUCUGUAUGCUCCCGGUGGAGCAACAUCCAGUGGCAAAUUAUCAGAAGUCCAGUUUGUCGGAGUGAAGAUUCAAUGGAUUCCUCCUACCUUGUCUAUUCUGACCCCUCCUGUGUUUCUCCCUUCAUCCACACAGUUACUACCGACCUCAUGUGAACUUCUAGACCAGGCUAACGAUCCGGCGCCUAAACUACAAUCGUUCCUGCAGGCUGUGACCUGUGCCCUCCAGAAUCGUUGCGGGCUACCAGUGGUAACUCCUCUUGCUAAUUCAACUUUGAAGACCGUUCCUCUCAGUUCAGCUGUUCCUAUUCCUCGGGAUGUUGAUCCUGUGCCAGCUGGUAUUGAUGAGGAUCAUUAA